AUGACACCGUCGCAUCGGCGUCACGAUAUUUCGGACCAGGUUUGGGAACUUUUGAGACCUCAUUUGCCUGGCGGCGCAGGGAAAAGAGGGCGGCCGGCCAAGGACAACCGGUUGUUUUUGAACGCGGUGUUUUGGAAUCUGCGGACUGGGGCACCGUGGCGGGACCUGCCGCCGGACUAUGGGGACUGGAAGAACACCCAUCGCCGCUUUUGUCGCUGGCGGGACCGCGGCGUUUGGGAGCAACUGCUGGACCGGGUCAUCGAUGACCCGGACUUUGAGUGGUUGAUGAUCGACGCUACCCACAUCAAGGUUCAUCCCCAUGGGACUGGUGCCCGUGGGGGCAAUCAAGAUGUAGGCCGUACAAAAGGGGGCUAA